CGUAAUUCAGUCAGAUACGUAGCGACCGCUGCCCUGACAAUGUAGCCUGUGGACUGGGACACAAGAUGGGAUCACACCCAUCUCGCUCGCUCCCGUGCCUCCUGUAUGGUGUUGUCCUGCUCAGGGGGUGGGACUCAAUGUAAUCAGGGGAUGACGUGACUCGCGAUCUCCGCAGCGGCUUCAAAGAUCACAAUUAUCGGAGCAGUCUGCCGAAAGCCGCGACUGGGUGGUGAAGUCACCUACAGAAGUCAUUAAAACUUUCGUACAUAUGUACUGACUUUACACUGGGUAAUGAAUGUCUGUGCGAGAGAACACUUUAAAGUUUAACAGUGUGAUUUUUGGUGUAUUCAUAAAAAAAGAAAACUAUAGUUAACUUAGUGAAAGAUUAUGUAUUUACCUGAACUUAGUGGAUUGAUUUGAACUGAGCUUCAAAGACAACUGUCGAGCUGUCUGCCUUCUGGGAUCGACAACGGGCGCCAAACGUGGCAGUCCGUAGGAUGGGAACAGGUGAUCGUCUACUUGACAUUCCUUGCAAUGUCUGCGGGGAUAGGAGCUCUGGCAAGCAUUACGGCAUCUACAGCUGCGACGGUUGUUCUGGGUUCUUCAAACGGUCCAUCCACCGUAAUCGGGUGUAUACUUGCAAGGCUGGGGGUGAGAUGAAGGGCCGCUGCCCAGUUGACAAGACACAUAGGAACCAGUGCCGCGCCUGUCGCCUCGCCAAGUGCUUCCAAGCUAAUAUGAACAAAGAUGCGGUGCAGCAUGAACGAGGUCCUCGUAAGCCGAAGUUGCAGGCUGGCGCUAUGGGCGCGCUGGGCCCACCGUCGAUGAACCACGCACACAAGCCGCACGCUCUCAAGCUGUCACCACCUUCGCCAUACACACCAUUGCCGCAAACUUUCAAUUUUCAAUUCAAUAUCAGUGGUAUGAGCGAGCCAGCCCCCUUGAGCACGGCUUCCUCGGCGGGGUCUAGUGGCGCCGGUGGGGGCGCGGGGGCUCCGAGUCCUCUACCACUCGUCCCAGAGCCGUUCCUAGCCCCACCACCUCCAGGCUUACUACAUAUCCUCAUGUCCUCCGAUAAAUGCCAGGAAUUGAUGUGGAGCGCAAAACAGCUACAAUUACAGGGCGACCCAACUUUGCUUCGACCACCACCAAGUGCUUUUGGUGCACCCCUUGCGCCGACAUGGGAGCUAUUGCAGGAAACAAGUGCCCGUCUUCUCUUCAUGGCGGUGCGUUGGGUGAGGUGCUUAGCGCCUUUCCAGGCUCUAGCAGCUUCAGACCAACUGGUCCUCUUACGAGCUGCUUGGAAGGACCUGUUCCUGCUGCACCUGGCACAGUGGUCAGCUCCAUGGGACCUGGCACCAUUGCUAGCAGCGCCAGCAGCACGAGCUCGAUUGCCGCCAGAUCCAUUGGCUGACUUAGAACUGAAUACAUUACAGGAGAUCUUGUGUCGGUUUCGUCAAAUAGCUCCCGAUGGCAGCGAGUGUGGGUGUAUGAAGGCUAUUGUUCUUUUCUCACCAGACACACCGGGACUAAUCGAGACUCAGCCUGUGGAGAUGUUACAAGACCAGGCUCAGUGCAUACUGGCUGAUUAUGUACGGACCCGAUAUACCAGACAACCAACCAGAUUCGGGCGCCUCCUCCUGUUACUCCCGUCUCUACGAGCAGUGCGCGCGCGCUCCAUAGAGCUGCUGUUGUUCCGCGACACGGUGGGCGACGUGUCGGUGGCGACACUACUGCACGACAUGUACCGCAUGCAGCCUGCGCCCGCGCCUGCAUUCCAUCCACCCCCACCACCUACUAGCGAACAUUGUUCCUCGCCAUAAUAAUUUAGUAACUUACUUAAUGAUAUUUAAUAGUGCUGCUGGCUUCCCGGACACUGGAGCGAAGGAAAAGGCACUUAAAUUCUAUUUUAUGCUGUGACUUAAGUACUCUUUCUACCUAUAUUGUUUUUGUAUAUUUGCUAUAGUACUUUUGCCGCUGCUGCCGA